GGCUACUCAAAAAUAAAAAAAAUUCCAACCUUACAUUCCAGCCCCCACUUCCCAGUCGUAGUCUUGAGGUGGAGAAAGAAACCAUGAAGAAAUAAUAGCGAAAAAGAAUUGAAGGCUGGGAAUUUGGAGAAGAUGGGUUUUGCUGAAUUGGUGGCUGCGACUGUUGCAUAUGAAGCAGAAGCAGAAGCAGAAGCAGGAUCAAGCGCCAGUAGGGCUCGUGCCACCUUUCAAUGGGGUGGAACCAUCUUUGCCUUAAUUUUGUUAAUCUUGAACCGAGUAGGGCGGAGAUCAGCCAUGCAAAGUAGCCUUCUUGUACUGUUCUUAUUUACGAGCUUCCCGACGGUGUUAUUCAAAAUUUUGAGGGGACAAUUUGGUCGUUGGGUUUCCUUUCUUGCUGUUGCUGCAAACCUCAUCUUUCCUCGAACUUUUCCAGUUUCUCGGUUUCUCCUAUUUGUCGUCCCACCUACUUUGGUGGCAAACGGACUGCGCGAUAGCAUCGUGGGCUGCAUCUUUUGUCUAAUGAUUGGAGUUUUGCUCUUCGUAACAGAGAUUCGAGGAAUUGGAGGUUUUAGUAACUGUCGCUGUAAUUUUCAUUGUUUUGCUUAUUGUCUCUGUAUUGCAUUUCUCUUCUUCUUUACAAUAUUGUAUCUAUGCUCAGAAACUUGGUAGGAAAAGGAGGAGAAAACAUGCCUUCUAGAUCAGGAAAUGUAAUUCUAGAUUAUUCUUGGCCUGUGAUGGACUCAGAGAUGUUAAUGAAGAUUCCACCUAUAUUAAUCAAGAUUUUUAGUUUCUAUU